CCAAAACGCAAAAAAAACUAUUUUACUCAAUCAAAAUCUCCUAAAACCCCAAUUCAAUUGAAAACACCCUCUUAAACUUUCCAGCAAAAACGCAACAAAAAAUGGCGAUGAUGCGUAUUUGCAGCUCAUUUGCAAGAAGAAUGAUGUCAACCCAUCAAAAUCCAGCGCUUCCAAUUUCUUCAUCAUCAAUGGUGUCUUCUUCAUCAUCAUUUUCAGAUGCAAUAGUUUGCGGAAGAGGGGACAAGAGAACCAAAAGAGGGAAGAGAUUUAAAGGGUCUUAUGGUAAUUCUAGACCCAAGAAGAAAGAUAUGAUUCAGAGAAUUAAAGACAAAGUUGAGGUUCCAAGUUCUACUCCAUGGCCUCUACCUUUCAAGCUCAUUUAAUUUUCUCUCUCCUCAUUUUUUUUUCGUUUAAGUUCAGCUGAUAGUUGCUGAAAAUUGAUGUUUUGGAUGCUAUAUGAGCUUUUUUUUAUCAAUAAUAUAUUUCUAUGUUUGAAUUUUGAA